UGUAUUCGUUCAGUUCGUCAACGUCACGCCGUCAGCUGACGUAGUGGCGAGGCAUCUUCUUCCUUCCUUCGUCAUUCCAUGUCGUUGAGGAUUUGAAGCUACCUUUCUUUGUCCGGUUGAGAAAACGUUACAGUGACACGAUGUCUAGUGAAAAAUACCCCAGGUCUUCUAUUGAAGACGACUUUAACUACGGCACAAAUGUCGCCACAGCCAGUAUUCAGAUCCGGAUGGACUUCCUGAGGAAAGUGUACACCCUCCUGAGCUUGCAGAUCAUUCUAACCACAGCUACGUCUGCCCUCUUCAUGUUCUCUCAAACCAUCAAGGACUUUGUUCACGGCAGUCCUGCUGUGGUUCUGGUUUCGGCCCUGGGCUCUCUGGUUCUUCUGCUGGCCCUGGCCAUGUACAGACACCAACAUCCAAUCAACCUCUACCUGCUACUUAUAUUUACACUGUUGGAAGCAGUUUCUGUGGCCACAGCUUUGACCUUCUAUGAAUACUCCAUUGUCCUGCAAGCCUUGUUCCUGACCUGUGCAGUGUUUGCUGGACUGACAGCCUACACCUUCCAGUCUAAGAGAGACUUCAGCAAAAUGGGAGCAGGACUUUUUGCCUGCCUGUGGAUCCUCAUCAUUGCAAGUUUAAUGAGAGAACAGGUCACAUAUGAGUGCCUCACUGGUAGCCAGGCUUAUCACCAAGACAUCAGUGUCAUCAGACACAAGGAUGACAGAUUUGUGACCAGUCCUUGAAGCAUGGCAAGCAUGGAGUACCAUGGACGACAGGUCUGCUACCUUGUGCACUCCCUGUUGGGUCAGCUUGUAACACGGAUCGUUGGUUGUAGUGUACAGAACCUUUUCAUAGAAUCUUGUUCUAGACUGUUCUUUGCCCCACUCUUUGAGCAAGAAGGUAGCAAGAUUUGUUUUGUUGUUGUUCCUUUGUAGGAAUUUUUUCCAUUGCUGAACUCUGUGCCCUGCAGUGAUCUGUUUGACCUCUGUGCCUGAGUCUCCACCUCUGGCCACUCUCUCUAUGUGUUUGAUAGAAGCCUCAUUAUAUACAUCAAAAACAAUGUCAACAUGGGUGCUGUGACUUGCAUCAGCAAAUGUCUUGCCAUCACCAUUCAGCUUCUGAACAAGUGCAAUGCCAUCUAUUAUGCAGGUGGAAUUUAAUGGCAGUGAUUCAGCAACACAUGGGAACUUGAGCAGUUGCUUGGCCAGUGAGAAUUUGCAAGUCUUCCUCACAUUGCCAUCUGGUGAAGCAAGAGCCCACGGAAAUGGUCCAAGGGGGAGAUAACACCUCCUUCAGGUUGAGCUGUCUACUCUGGGCAAAUAUUCGAUUAUCAGCUUUGAGGAUAACUUCUUUAUUCCCAGUUUUACACGUCUUUGCCUUUCCCUGCAUUGAGGAGAAGGUUUUCAGUUUCAUCUUGGAGAGUGGUGCAUGGAACUGCUUUGCAGGAGGAUUACUCUCAACACGCUCAGCAGAGAAGGUUCUGUAGGCAUUCUCGCCAAUGGUGUGUGCAUUCAGAAGGUCUUCAGCAACAUCUGCUGGUGCUGUACUUCCAGUAGACAGAGAAACAAGGGACUCACCACCUGCAAAUGGAUUUAUCAAACUAGAAUCCAACAGAUCCACAGUGCUUGUAAUGUGUUCUUCGUCCUUGGCAAUUCUGCUUUGUCCAAGGUCCUUGUGAGAACAGUCACUUUGUUGGAGUCCCAGGGAGCUUUUCUAUAUAGACAGGUAAGUGCUUUUGCACUCAUCAGUAAGAUAAUAUCUUGAGACAGCUGCUGGGUUCAAGCUGAACCCUUUUGUGCCUCCAGCUGUCUGAGUGUCCCGAUUGACAGUUUCCUCUAGGGUCUGGUCAAUCGGAACCCUGCCAAAUGUGUUUGUUGCACUCAGCUGGGCCGAAAAGCCACCUUCACAGAGAAACAUGUACAGAUCUGGUUUCUCAUGUUUAAUGUGGCUCAUCUCUGAGUAGUAAGCAGUGAGUGACCUUGCAUAAUUCAGAUUAUCAUAGGCAAAGGUCCAGGGGAUGAUUGAUCGAAUGCUAGCCAUGUGCAAUUCCCAGUUUCCUUCACGUGAUGCCCUCACAAGGUUUAGUAUAACCUCCACCAUGUCAAUAUAUGACAUACAGAAGCUGGCCAGCGGACCUUGCUGAAAUCUGAGAUGCUGCAGGAAUUUACAGAAAUACUGAUGGACUUUUCUGAAGACUGUACGGUCAAGUGAUUCUUCUAAAGUGAUUGAUGAUAUAUCCUCAGAAAAGACACUCAAGUCUAGGGGCAGGAUAUCUAGGAGAUCGUGGGCAUCAGGAUGGUUCUCUGUAAGCCACUGGGGAAACUGACAGACCAGCAUCAGGAGGGCUUCAUACAUGAUUUUGUGGAAUCUCAGAGAUCUAUUGUACUUAUGGCCAUCCAAAACACCACUGACAGAUCCCUCGGCCACAGCUCCAGAUUCAAUGCACAUGUCCCUUAGGCCUGCAGCCUGGAAGCACUUCCCAAUCACACCCAAGAACAUACAGAUGGUGUGAAAGACUUAGAGAGUAACGACCUGCAACAGAGAAGAUUUCUAGUCCCAGCGAACUAACAUUAAAGCUAAGAUGGUGGAGUUAAUUUUUUAUGGACAGAUUUAGCUACUUAGUGUUACUACGAGCUACUUAGACUACUAGUCUAAGUUAGCUGUUAUGUUUUUAAGCUAAUAGCUGAUGGUGAUCCAAACAUUUCCAAUAAAUCCACAGCCUUAUAAUGUCCACAAAGUCAAAAUAUAUUCCAAAAAGUUCCAUUUUAAAAAUCAAACAUGUUUUUAUCAAUUAAAAUAUUCUUCUUCAGUCCAUAUAAGUCUUUUUAUUAGCCACACUAGCCACACAUAUUCUGGUCUUU